CGCUCCUUCUUUGUUACCUCACUUGAUCAAUGGAAAAGAGACUGUAAACACACGUGGAAGUUAUGGCAGCUUCUGCAGAGUCCUGGAGUGAUUUGAGAACUCUGCUGGAUAGUGGAGUGUCUUUGGAAGAAGCUCUAGGGCUGGAGCAACACAUUAAAGGUACUUUGACUAAUGCUAAUUCUCGAGAACAGAACAUGUCUGUACACAGUAUUGGUAGCGUGGGAGAAGUGUUCAGAUUCAAGCUACCGACUGCUAAUGAAGUUGAUCUGCUGGGUCUGCAGGAGACUGAGGAGCCUCUCACAGUACUACCACCUUUCCUUGAUCUCAGGGAACUCCUAGAACCACUGUACAUCCCAGAGCCAGAGAAUGAUUCUUCAUCUUCGGAUAAGGUACAUCUAAGGGUACCAAAACAGAAACCACCUGGAGGCAGUAUGCAAGGUCCCGUAGGCAGUUCUACUAUAGAAGAUAAGACACUAUCUGUUAGCUCAGAGGUACGUAAACGAUUAAGAGAAGAAAGUUCGUCUGCUAGGGAACUGUGUGCAAAGAAAUCUAAAGAUCACUCUUCUAGCCCAGAAUUAAUAGACUCUAGUGAUAACAGUGUUAUAGAUUUAACACAAACUAUAGAUUUAACACAAACUUAGUUGUUUAUGAAACAUUCUCUCAGUUGUUUGUUAUUUUAGUAUUGUUGUCUUUCACUUUUCAAUGUUUGUCUUUUUGGGAAAUGUAUAUAGAUCUAAGGGGAUAAACUGAAACAGCACUUGAGUGAAACACUUGGCUGAAGAGCUAUAUAGGUGCUAUAUAGGUGAAGCUACUUUUCAAGCAGUUCCUCUACAAGUAUCUAUAUCUGUAUAGCCACUGUAGGUAGCUAUGUCAGAGUUUGAGUAUGAGAGUGAGAUCUCUUCUUCUGAGCAUGAGGCAGUGUACACUCAUUUCAAGAGCAUCAAUAAUGAGGACACCUCUGUUGAGCUUACUUGCACUAUUGAAGACAGCACGGCUACACAAGAUUCUAUCAAAGUGUCGACAGGCUCCAAGUUCAAGUCUUGUGUCCUAAAAUGCUGUGAAAACUUUGUACUGUUAGUACUGAUUUUCAUAAUCUGGUCUGCUCUGUCUAUACCAUCUGUAUUCUUCAUUAUUUCAAUGGAAAAUGGACUGAAUGAUACUGGGUCUCCACCUUUCACUAAUACUUGCACGCCAACACCAUACACUGGCACUGUUUGUGGGGACUAUCUGAGGUCUUACCAGCGCUGCCUUCCAAACUCUGGGAGUGAUGUGUAUGUACCAGAAUCUGUUGACCAGGAUAGUAAUGAAAAUAUACUGAGAUCUUUGGAUGGAAUUAACUUAGGAACUAUCGGAGCAACUCCUGAAUGUGUUAGUGCUCUCAAACCCUUUGCCUGCUUGUAUUAUUUUGGGAUGUGUAAUGAAGUUACUAAUAAAACACUUCGUCCAAGUUUUAAACAAUGUCGUAAGCUCAAGAGUACUACUUGCGAAGGAUUGGUGAGCAAUGUUAAAAAAUUAAAUCUGGGAUAUCUACUCCCCAAGUGUCAUGGUCUACCCGAUUCUGGUCCCAGUGCCACUUGCGCCAAUAACACUCCACUUGUACCAGUGAGAGCUACCAAUCUCACCUGUAACACAGAAUUUGGUUUCAUCUUUAACUCAACGAUUUCUAAGUGUGUUGCAUCAUGUGAGGGGUGGACUCCCUAUUCUAAUGUAGAGCUUCGUAUUACCAAUGUGGUUGUCAUUAUAUCUGGUGCUGUGGCUAUCCUCUCUGGUGCUAUUCUUCUCAUCCUUGCCUGUGUCAGAUGCAAAAAAAUAUUCAGCUUCCCCUCUGUGUUCAUUGUGUAUCAGACGAUUCCUACUAUUAUUCUUGGUGGCCUGGUUCUAAUCGCUUUCGUGGGUCAACCGUACCUUUUUUGUACACCACAAAGCUCUGCUAUUGACAGUAUGAAUCAUCCCACCCCCUUCUGUACUGCAACAGGUGUGUGUCUCUACUACAUCAUGAUGCAGCUGAUCCUUCUAUGGUUCUUUCAUGUCAUCACAAUGUUUUGGGGUGUUUACUGGCCGAUUCAAGCGAAUAUAGUACAAGCCUCUAGCAAGAGAAUUGUGCUUCACAUUAUUGCAGUGUGCUUAGCCCUUGUCAUGCCAGCCAUUCCAGUCUGUAUCAUUCAUUUCAUGAGCUCACCAGGAUUCACUGUGACAAGAUUCCCGCCCAUAUUAUGUGCUGCUGGCAAUUUAAACUUAAACUUUUACACGUUCAUGCUGCCCAUUAGUGUCAUCAUUGCCUGUGGGUUGACUCUUCUAGUUCUGAUAUUCUGGAAACUGUUAAAGAAAAAGAUUAUACAUUGUGUUCACAAAACAAGAAUCGACACCAAUUGGUGCUCCCACUCUAGGAUCCUAAUUGUAUUCUGCUACUUUGUCAUUUUUGGUCUUAUUGUUCUCUCAACAUUCACGGUUGCAAUGAUAAACUUUCGCUUCUUCGUAGUCGAAGUCGAACAGUACUUCCAAUGUGAGGCAGGUGGAGUAUCAGGAUUGUUAGCUACUACCAAUGGAACCUCGACUGUAACAAACUGUGAGGAGAAGAGAAAAGCUAUUGAAAAUCUUAUCAACCCAGUCACGACUACAAUUGCCUUGAUUGUUCUUGGAUUCUAUCCAGCAAUCAACCUGGUGUAUGUAAUGCAUUGUAGAGAAUUGAAAGACAGCUGUUCAUGUUGCCAGCCUACGAGGGAAGUGGAGUAUACCUACCGGAGGGAGAGCCCCUAUUCUACUGUAAACAUGAGCAGCAGUGUUGUCUCUUCUGUCAGGGGAGUGAGGCUGGACACUCAUGGACUUUUGUAAAAACGAGUGUUGUAUGUACACAAUUAUAAUUAUAGCUAAUAAUUUAUGCUUGUGUACCAUAAUUGGUUAUAAUUAUAAUUAUAAUUAUAACAGGA